AUGCCCGCCCAGGACAAGCGGGACAUCAUCGUCAGCGCAAAUCCGCAAGCCUCCCCAAAAAGAGCCCGGACGGCCAGUCCCGAGCCUUCUACCGCAGCUCCUCCUUCUCCUCCUCCUCCUCCGCUCCUUAAUCCUCGAGAUUCUGCUUCUGUGAUGCCACAUGCCAGGACUGCAUCACCGGCAAUCAUCAUCGACGAUGAUGAUUCCGAUUCUCCUCCUCCUUCGCCGCUACUUAAUCCUCAAGCUUCACCUUCUGUGACGCCACAUCCCAGGACUGCAUCACCGGCAAUCAUCAUCGAUGAUGAUGAUUCCGAUUCUCCUCCUCCUCCUCCGCUCCUUAAUCCUCAAGCUUCAGGUUCUGUGAUGCCACAUGCCAGGACUGCAUCAUCGGCAAUCAUCAUCGACGAUGAUGAUUCCGAUUCUCCUCCUCCUCCUCCACUCCUUAAUCCUCAAGCUUCAGCUUCUGUGAUGCCACAUGCCAGGACUGCAUCACCGGCAAUCAUCAUCGACGAUGAUGAUUCCGAUUCUCCUCCUCCUUCGCCGCUACUUAAUCCUCAAGCUUCAGCUUCUGUGAGGCCACAUGCCAGGACUGCAUCACCGGCAAUCAUCAUCGACGAUGAUGAUUCCGAUUCUCCUCCUCCACUCCUUAAUCCUCAAGCUUCAGCUUCUGUGACGCCACAUGCCAGGACUGCAUCACCGGCAAUCAUCAAUGACGAUGAUGAUUCCGAUUCUCCUCCUCCUUCGCCGCUACUUAAUCCUCAAGCUUCAGCUUCUGUGACGCCACAUGCCAGGACUGCAUCACCGGCAAUCAUCAAUGACGAUGAUGAUUCCGAUCCUCCUCCCCCUCCGCUCCUUAAUCCUCAAGCUUCAUCUUCAGUGGCGCCACGUGCCAGUACUGCAUCACCGACAAUCAUCAGCGACGAUGAUAAUCCCGAUGGCUCCGAAAAUGAGAAAGAUGCUGCCUGGUACACUACCAUGAUUUUUGAAGCUCUAUCGACCAUGAACAAUUCGGCGGGAUGUAGUAUCAGUGAAAUCGCUAACUCUAUCGAGAAAAGGCAUGUGGUGCCUGAGAAUUUCAGGGAGUUGUUGAGCUCAAAAUUGACAGACCUUGUUUCGAUGGAGAAGCUUGAAAUGGACCAAAACUGCUUCAAGAUAAAGAAGGUUUCGGGUCCGAGUCAGUCAGAGUCGCAUAAUCAGACAUUGGAAGAAGCUGCUGUGGAUGCUGCCAGGAUAAUUGCCGAAGCAAAACACAAGGAAAUUCUGGCAGCUGUGGCGGUUGAGUUAGAGAGAGUCGAAAGGAUGGCAGAAGAAAAUGAGGCAAUUCCGAAGCAGGCAGAGGACAUCGAUGAACAAAGUAAAAUCCAAAGACGCAAUGCUGGAGCUGGCGGAGAUCCAUGAACAAAGUUCUUCUUUAACUCUGAAGACCAAAUAAGAGUGUUGAUUGCACUGAAAAUGGAUGAAGUAGUAGCAGUUUAGAGACGAGCAGUUUUGGCUACGACGACAUGAACUAAGGGCCUGUUUGGGAUGGAGAAGUAGAACUAAUUGCUGUUACUGUUCAAUUGAGUUUUUUGUUUCAGAACUUUCUAGAUAAUUCGAAAGUAUGACACCCAUGUUUCAAAGUUCUACACAAACACACGUAUUCUUUCAACCUUCGAUUGCUUUCAGAGUUUAAGCUCUUUCUAACAAAGCUUAAGAUUUUA